AUGUACAUUUUUAUUGCAGCUUUGUUAAUGAACUCUCUUCUUUUCAGCACUAAUAUCUACCCAAAGCUUUUGAUUGACUUUUUAUCUGAAAAACAGACCAUAUCUUAUUCAGCCUGUCUCUUUCAGUGUUUUCUAUAUUACUCUUUAAAUGGUUCAGAAUUCUUACUGUUGGCAGCCAUGUCGUAUGACAGAUAUGUGUCUGUAUAUAAACCUCUGCAAUAUCACACGAUCAUGAAGAAAGAAACUGUCCGUAUCUUUCUGGGUGUAGCUUGGUUUGUGCCUGCUUGUCAGAUUGCAGUUCCAGUAGCUCUUAAUGUUAAUACUAAACUCUGUAAUUUUACUUUGAAAGGAAUUUGCAAUAACUCAAUUUACAAACUUCACUGUGUGAGCUCAAUAGGACUCUCUGUGUAUGGUGUGAUGGUUUUGUUGAAUGUUACACUUCUCCCUGUGCUUUUCAUAAUCUUUACAUACUCAAAGAUAUUCAUAGUUACAUCACAGUGCAGAGAAGAGAGGAUGAAAGCUGCACAGACCUGUAUACCCAUCUGUUGGUUUUAA